AUGUCUGCUCCAGUUAUCCCAAAGACUCAAAAAGCUGUUAUCUUCUACGAAAGCGGUGGUGCUUUAGAAUACAAAGAUGUUCCAGUCCCAACCCCAAAGCCAAAUGAAAUUUUGAUUAACAUCAAAUACUCUGGUGUCUGUCACACCGAUUUACACGCCUGGAAGGGUGACUGGCCAUUGGACACCAAAUUGCCUUUAAUUGGUGGUCACGAAGGUGCUGGUGUUGUUGUUGGUAUGGGUGCCAACGUCAGAGGUUGGAAGAUUGGUGAUUAUGCUGGUGUUAAAUGGUUAAACGGUUCUUGUAUGUCCUGUGAAGAAUGUGAAUUGUCCAACGAAUCCAACUGUCCAGAAGCUGAUUUGUCUGGUUACACCCACGAUGGUUCUUUCCAAGAAUACUGUACCGCUGAUGCUGUUCAAGCUGCCAGAAUCCCACAAGGUGCUGAUUUGGCUGAAGUUGCUCCAAUCUUAUGUGCUGGUGUUACUGUUUACAAGGCUUUGAAGUCCGCUGACUUAGCCGCCGGUGAAUGGGUUGCCAUCUCUGGUGCCUGUGGUGGUUUAGGUUCUUUGGCUGUUCAAUUCGCCAAGGCUAUGGGUUUAAGAGUUUUAGGUAUUGAUGGUGGUGAAGAAAAGAAGAAGAUGUUCCACGAAAUGGGUGGUGAAGUUUUCUUGGAUUUCAGAUUAGAAAAAGACAUGGAAGCUGCUGUCAUCAAGGCUACCAACGGUGGUGCUCACGGUGUCAUCAACGUUUCUGUCUCUGAAGCUGCUAUUGAAGCUUCUACCAGAUACGUCAGAUCUAACGGUACUGUCGUCUUAGUCGGUUUACCAGCUAAUGCUUACUGUAAAUCCGAAGUUUUCUCUCAAGUCGUUAAGUCCUACAAGAUUGUUGGUUCUUACGUCGGUAACAGAGCUGAUACCAGAGAAGCUUUAGACUUCUUCGUCAGAGGUUUAGUUAAAUCUCCAAUCCACAUUGUCGGUUUAUCUACUUUACCAGAAAUUUACGAAAAGAUGGAAAAGGGUCAAAUUGUUGGUAGAUACGUUGUCGACACCACUAAAUAA